UCUGACACGUGUCAUUGAUAUUUUUCUCUCACAUAAAUUUUGUUUUCCCAACAGAGCUUUCCAAAUUUUACUCUGCGACACCCUCUCCAUUCUCCAUUGAAGCAGCUUCUGAGCUUUCUCUCUCCUCCAUUGAAGCAGCUUCUCAGCAUAAAAGCUUAAUCUAGACCAAUGCCUCAUAGGACACGGCCUAUGGCAGCGCUUCUUUUGUUUACUGGCCUGAAUGUGGUUUUGGUGUCAUCAAUCUCACCUGUCUAUGAUUAUGUGUGCUUUCAUCCUUAUUGGGAAAGAAGGAGAGAAAGGCGUCGUAUGGAACGCGAAGCUUCCAUGGAAAGAGGCUCUAUGUCGGCUUAAUUUCAGCUUCAACAUUAAGCUACUUCUUAUUGUGGAAGAAUUGUCUUAGAGGACCAUGUGUCAGGGGGGAUCUGCUGCAUUUUACAGUACAAAUGCAAUAUAUCUGCUCAAACAAAGGAGCAUGUAACAAAGUUUUCCCUUCUUCAUAACAGCUUACGUUCAAAAAAAUUAUUGCUUGUUGCCUUUCUGGUGAGUACCAAACUGCCCUUAUAAUCCCAGAUUCCUAAACUUGAGUCCUUAAUUUCCUACAGUCUGUCUUUCAAAUGACCUUGGCUUUCUUAUUACUCUUGUAAAUACUUUUGAUGAUUGUAUAGAUUAAUUUUUCUUGAUCCUCAUGCUUGAAGCAAUCCACUUUUUUUAAUUAAUUAAUUCACUUUUUUUGAGUAA